CGUCCACUUAAAUCUCUUUGUGCCUAUAAAUAGACAUCCAAAUUGUUCUACAACUUCAUUCCAUCCAAUUAAUCAAGUAUAGUAAUGGGUUCCAAAACAUUUGUUCUCCUGGGCCUCUUGCUGGCUGCUGUUCUUCUCAUUACCUCGGAGGUGACAGCCAGGGAUUUGGUCGAGACUUCUACUCCCAAAGAAACGACUGACCAGACAAAUAAUGGGGUAGAGGAUGCCAAGUACUAUGGUGGCGGACCUGGCGGUGGAUGUAAUGGCUACGGAUGCGGCAGAUGCCAUGGCUACGGAUGCGGUGGGCCGGGUGGCGGCAGUGGCGGAUGCCAUGGCUACGGAUGCAGUGGGCCGGGUGGCGGCAGCGGCGGAGGGGGGUACUGUCGUUACGGAUGCUGCGGACAUGGUUAUGGAGGGUGCAGGAGGUGCUGCUCUUAUGAAGGCGAGCCCGUGGAUAAAGAGGACUGAUAUGUGGAAGCCAAGCCUCACAACUGGAUCAAGCAAUUAAGCUUAUCUAUGAUGUUUGUGCAAUGUGGGUUUCAUAGGAUUUUCGAAUAAAAAGCAUGAUUGGAGGUGAUGAUCCCAUCAUGCCUUCUUCAAUUAUGGUUCCCCUAUGGGGGAAUGGUGCGUGUAUUAAUUCUGGUUUUCUGUUUCUUUUUUUUGAACUCGUGUUGUCUGGUUUUCUAGUCGUGAUAUAUCACACGAUAUUAAUAAGAAUAUGUUUUCAUCCA